GCAGCAGAAGUAGAAGAAGCAGCAGAAGAAGAAGAAGAACGCUUAGGUCGGUGAGCGGUGAUUUGAAUUUCUGUUGGAUGUUAUUGUUGAUAGCGAUUGCCCCGCCAGUCAGUUCGGUUGUCAGCACUUGAUGAAACAUUGACUCAUCUUAAACUGUCAGACCUCAGCUGCAGUAUUUUUCUCUUGUGGUCCUGGGCUGUGUGUUGGAGGCGAUGCGUCAUGAUUCAUCUGCAAGUCGCCGAAAGGGCAAAACCCCUCAACGUCGCUCCCCGCUGCUGGCCCCAGGGACCUCUGGUUCGACACCCCGGCCCCCAAGACGAAGUGAAGUUUCAAAGGAGCCCCCUGUAACUCCCAGGAAGAGAAGGUUUCGACCAGGGACCAAAGCCUUAAUGGAGAUCCGCAAGUACCAGAAGAGCACAGAUCUUCUGCUUAGGAAAGGACCCUUCUCUCGCCUGGACAUCUGUUGCACGUCUGUCCGUCCUGGAAGAGGGAUCCCUCCUCAGUUGCUCUUCCUGAGGUUCGUGAAGUGUGCGAGAGUUUUUCCAGAGAAAGUCUCAGAUGGCAGGUCUACGCUCUACUGGCCCUGCAGGAGGCUGCAGAGGCGUUUCUCGUCAUGUUAUUCUCAGAUGCCAACCUGUGUGCCAUCCAUGCCAAGCGGGUCACAGUGUUCCCCCGUGACAUUCAGCUAGCCAGGAGAAUCCGUGGAGUGGAUAACCUGUAAAAACAACCCAGUACAGAGUGGACAAGCCAGCAACAUUCUUUCUUCUUCACUCUGUUCUGGUGCUAUGAUACUGCAUAGUUGGGAAUGUGGGUUUAAAUUUUCCUGGGAAAAGAAAUCAUAUGUGUUGGUAGAUCAUCAGAGGUUUUAUGAAAAGAUACCAAGUUCACUUUCAGGUCCUUUGUGUUUGCUUCAGGUCACCUUUACAAAUUGAAUAAGCAGAUGUAUCUUUUCAUACUUACUGACUAAUAUUAUAGAUCUGCUGUGUUUGUGUGAUAUCUGUGUUGUGUUAAUUUUGAUAUAUUUUUAAUGUGUACACAAUGUUACCCAUUCAAGAAAACUUGUUGAUAAAAAGCAAAUCUUUUUCUAUUACAUUCCUGAUGUCUUAAA